CUCUGGUGCGUACUCUGACCUGCAUUUCUUGGGGUGGCCCCAUUCCCAGGAUGGAUCAUGAAGCUGCCCAGCUGGAGAAGCAACACGUGCAUGAUGUGUAUGAGAGCACGGCACCUUACUUCAGUGACCUGCAGAGCAAAGCCUGGCCUCGCGUCCGCCAGUUCCUCCAGGAGCAGAAGCCCGGCAGCCUCAUUGCUGACAUAGGUUGUGGGACUGGAAAGUAUCUUAAAGUGAACAGCCAGGUGUACACCCUGGGCUGUGACUACUGUGGGCCAUUGGUAGAGAUUGCCCGGAGCAGAGGAUGUGAAGUCAUGGUAUGUGACAACCUUCAGCUCCCCUUUAGGGACCAGGGCUUGGAUGCUAUCAUCUCCAUAGGAGUCAUACAUCAUUUUUCUACAAAACAAAGAAGAAUCAGAGCAAUAAAAGAAAUGGCCAGGGUCUUAGUUCCUGGAGGCCAGCUGAUGAUUUAUGUGUGGGCCAUGGAACAAAAGAACCGGCACUUUGAGAAGCAAGAUGUGCUUGUUCCGUGGAACAGGGCCUUAUGCUCCCGGCUUUUCGCAGACUCCAGCCAACCUGGGAGAAAGCAGCCGUGUGCACAUUCAGAAAGAAGCCAUCCCUACCAUCCUCCCUGCUCUGUCUGUAGCUGUUCUGUUUGUUUUCAAGAGCAGUGUCAUUCACAACGAUCCCAUAGCCUGGACUAUGAGCCACUGAUGGCUAGAAUGUGUUGUGCAGAUAUUUCUAAGGGAGGGGAGGAAGAAAAUGGAUUCUCUAACACGUUAGGAAAAUCUUUUCGCUCCUGGUUUUUCUCUAGGUCUUUGGACGAAUCAACUCUGAGGAAACAAAUUGAAAGAGUGAGACCCUUGAAAAAUACAGAAGGUUGGGCCCAUAGCACUAUAUCCAUCCAGCCUUCCCCACAUGCCAGUUUAGACUCAGGUCCCCAAGAACCAUUUUCAACAAGGGAGCAAAAUUUAGAUGAAGAUGUGUUUGUGGAGAUGUCUCAAAAGCAACUGGAGUGGCCGAGAGCACCAGCCACAGUGAAACAUCUAUGUGGGGACCAACAAGGAGAAGUUAGGAGAAAUGGAGAUGGGAAUUUUCUGGAAGGCACCAAUACUAGUGAGAAUGGCAUGAAUGCAGGUGAUGUGGAAGAAGGUCCCCCUUCUGCUAGUAGAAUCCUGAGAAGGAUUUCUGCACUUGACUCCACAGAUUCCAACCCAGAGGAGACAAUUUCUGUCGAAGACCAACAGCCCAACGUUUUGGAUUCCAGAGCCUUUAUGCGCUACUACCAUGUGUUUCGAGAAGGCGAGCUCUAUGGCUUGCUGAAGGAGCACGUGGCAGAGCUGCAUGUUCUGAGCUCUGGGAAUGAUCAUGGCAACUGGUGUAUCAUUGCUGAGAAGAAGGACAAUUGUGACUGACUGGGGCAUUUUAGACAAUUCCUCCAAAAGGUGGACCAUGUUCUUUUCACUGGGUUUAGUUACAGUUACCUGAAUUUGUGUCCAAUUUUAUUAUUUUUAAUCCAUGUAUGCUUUGGUUUGUAAAGAUGAUGAGUUGGUCAUCUUUUAAAUCUUUGGAUGAACCCAGAGCCUGGCAUGUAAAGCAUUUGACAAAGGGUAUUUGUAAAUUAUUAAUAUAAGAGAA